AUGUCGGAGGAAUCUCGUUUUUUACAGUCGCCGCCGGUGAAGAUCCUGGCUGCGCAGCUGAGGCGGUGCCGUCGGGCCUCUGGCGGUCCGUGGCUGUUGGACCGGGAGGAGUACGGACGCCCCGCGUUAGCGGUUCCCCUGGUGUGGAUGCAGGGCACGGUGGUGACCGUGGAGCAGGAUGGCUCCACUGUGCGGCUGCGGGACGAAAGCGGCUCUUUCGUGGCUCAGGGCGCCGACAAGGUCCCCAAGGGGCGGCCUUGCCUCAGCGCUGGGAAGUACGUGAUGGUGAUGGGCCUGGUGGAGUCAUGCAGCCCAGAUCCUACCCUUCGAGCCGUGAAGAUGACAGAUCUUUCGGACAAUCCCCUGCACAAGAGCAUGUGGGGGUUGGAAGUGGAAGAUUUGCACAGAAACAUUAUUUUGUGA